GCUGGUCGUACCUAUGCCCAUCCAUACAAGCGUCAGUGUUUCGGUUCUCGCGUAUUUCAAUAUUAUGCGCCUUUUCAGUGGCGAUGUGAAUCUUUUGAGUGUUCUAAGUUUAGUCGGUAGCAAUGAAAUCUUCUAUUAGGGUAUUAGGCUACUGGCGAACAUUUGUAUCUUAGUCUAAGGUAACCGUAUACAUCGCUGAUACACCCACCGUGGGAUUUGGCCACUUAUCAUUUUCCAUAGACGCUCUGAACUAAGCACCUCCGCUGGCUGUAUGAAUAAUGUACUGAAGUUAACCCUGUUAUGCCUUAAAAAUGAUUCUUACUCUUUUUGAGGGGGCCUCUGGCACAGCCCCGGUGCAACGCAAGCGCGCCCAAUGGCCUCUGGAACGGAGUUUGAGACAGCGGACCUAGACUCCGUCAUCAAUGUCAUUGGACUCACGCCAAGUGAUCCCCUCGACACAUUUGUCGAGAUCUGGUACCAGGUGUUCCUGUGGGCGCUGUUUUCGUCUCUCUUUGUUCACUUCGUAGCUGCAGUGGUGGCCUUCAGUAUGCUGAGGAAGCAACAGAUAGGCCGCUUUACCCCACUGCUUAUCUUGCUCAUGGGCCUGGUAGCACCAUUGACAGGAGGUGCCCUAACAAGUGCAGUGAUAGCUGGUGUGUACCGGGCAGCUCGGUUCCACAUGAUGCCCUUCUAUGCACUGGUGUGGGGCUGUGGGCAGACAGUUUUUGCGGUUGUCAUGUCCUACACUCGAGUCCUGGCCACUCUCUGACCUUGCUUCUGGAUGACUCGCCGGAGAGGCCUGGCCAGAAUGUCAGUGUUGUGCACCUCAGAAGAGGAGACUGCUUCAACUUCUUCAGUGGCCACAUGUUUGGCUCAGCUAUGCAGCCCCUCAUGUCACCCGACCAAUGCCCUCAGCUGCUCUCCCUGUUAUUUGUUCAUGUGUGCUCCUGCAGUUUGUGUUGUUCAAAGGAGGGGCUGUGUCAUUGUUUGUCAUUUCCAACUGACGCAGCCCACCGGCUCUUGAUCGGUAGUGUGGCCAUUCGCAGCCACCUUGGCGUGGUGUUUUUUAAUGUCGGAUGUGAUUUUUUUUUUCUUUCUUAUGCUUUCCGUAAGAUGAAGCUCAGUCAGAUUGUUUUUAGUGCACUGGCCACAGCCAUGAAGCAGAGAAAUGUUUGGCAUUGUGCCUAUGAGAAGGAAUCCUUUAUGUGGUUGCCACGCAGUUUUUUUAAGCUAUGCUCUUUGUAUGGUUCAGAGCACCCCUGCCAGGCAUUGUGGAGGCAUUGUGGUGUGUCGGAAAGAAAAUGAUUGCCAUCAGCUGUGGUCUGCUGGCACAAUCAUGUGAUUAGUACCCUUGUGGGAGCAUCACCCCACAAUUCAUUGCCUGCACAAGAGAGUGAAAUUAUUAGUCAGUUUUUGUGAAUUUUUAGUGAAAACAGUAUUACUUCAUGUGGUCAGGUUUGUGGCAAUGUGGCACAGGGAUACCGCAAGUUGGAACAGAGAGUUCCUAGAACUUGUCAUGUUGCUGGCCGUAACUGCACUCAACGAGUACACUAAUUGGUGGGCAUGCAGAGUUCACCUAAGGCUGCUGUGGAGCAUUAGCUGUCAUGGCUCCACGGUCAUGGCUCUGCUGUCAUGAGCACAGAGAAAUGGCCAUUAACUGCUUUAUUGCUGCUCAUUUGCCCUUUAUUCUUAAUUUUUAUCAUUAUGUCACGUUUUCUUUUGAGCAUUAGCUCUCUUUAUUAUGUUUUCAUUUGUCAUUGAUGAAGAAUACUGAUAGCACUUUUGUCUAUGAUCUCCAUUACUUGUAGCAUUCUUUAUGAACCAUUUUGUGAUGAAAUCUUAAUUGCCCAAAGAAGGCUCAAAGACUUUGUAUUGAAAACAGCGGCUAGGUGUAGGUGCGUAAGAACAAAAGUACUAUCAAAAUUUUUGUGUUGUAUUGUGCUUGUUAUAAUGUAAAAGUUUUUCUGUUGGUGGUUCUGGUUUUGUGAACUUCUCUCUCUCUCUCUCUAUCUAUCUCUCUCUUUUCCAAGAAUAGCAAGACAUGGCUUUUGUGGUUAUGUAAGUUGCUCUGGAAAUUUGAUGUCUGUAGUCUUAAAAUUGGUCUUAAAUCACAAUGCUUAAACUGCAUCUGUGUUUUUUUUUACAAAAACACACAUACAGGCAUGUUCAGACAGUGGUACACAUGCCGAAACGGAAGCACACAUUCAGAAUUUAGGCAUAUGCAACAUUGAUGGCAGUGGCAAUCGAAGCAGAAUGCUUUUUUUUUUUCACUGCAAGUGUAUCUCACAUAUUCUAAAUAAUGUUACAGUAUACUCCCUUUAAGACGAACUUGAAAGGACCACAAUCAUUUGUUCAUCUUAUCAGUAGUUCGUCUGAUCAUAAGUGCCCCCAAAAACGAAAGGCUAACAUGCCAGGUAGUACGCCCAAAUGUGUUACUUGAAAACACUGAAUGAAGUAUACUUGCAAUGGGGAGGAAAAGAACAAGAAAAAGCAUUUACUUGGCUCAGCUUGAUAAAAACCAUGCUUUGAAGUAAAGUAUUUAAGACUAAUCUUACUGGUACUGGAUUCCACAAGUUCAUAAUAAAUAUGCUCAUGAAUAAAUUGCUACCACAUGUCAAAUAUAAAACUAUAGCACGACCUUAUUUGGUCGAUUAGAAAAAGAUAAAAAGGGAGAGACAAGCAUCAUUUUCCUUCAAAGAAUAGAAAAUUUAUCCCUCUGGCUGUUCACUUUUUGAGAGACAUUUUUACUGGCUUUGCUAUCACUUUUGAAUACGCUUCACUUGCAUACUGCUACAUUGACAAAGCCAACAUCAACAUACGCAAAGUCGCUUAUGAAAGUUUGUAAGAUUUUAUUUGAUGUUUGGAUAUUUUCUUAUUUUCAGCUCGCAGUAACAUUUCCUAAACCACAUGCAGCCAAACAUCUUCGUUUACACUACUCACAAAGAAAAACAAUGCAGCUGUAUUUAGUGUGCAAAAUGACUUUCCUUUGUUGUGUACUUUCACAAUAAAAAUGGCGCAUCACAAGUUGCUAGAUUCAGGCGGGAACAGAUAUGACGCACACAGGCCUUAUGCAAAACAACGUAAACCGAACACAUGUGCUCAGGCACCAUUAUGUGAUGGUGAUAAUAAUGCAUCUGGCUCCUCUGAUCAGAGUGCUAGUGCCACAUAAGUGGUUUCCAUUUCAUGCGAUUAUAAAUGCAUAGACAAUCUUUGUUUUUAUUUUCACUUUCAUUUGGCUUUUUUCACACCCCCCCCCCCCCCCCCUUCACUUGCAUUUUACCCUUUAGCCUAGCUCUUCUGUUCUUCUGUUCUUUACUGUACUCGUGUUGGGGAACUGAAAAGUACGAGAAAAAUACGAAAGGACGAAACCUUUUUGUUGCUUGCUUUGCGGAUACAGCCGGCCCUUUCUGCACCUACAGGCUAGGAGUGAGGGAGGUACCAGAUGUACCAGCUGACCUUUCUUUUCCACUUAUCUCACUUUCUCCGUCCACAUUGCAAUUUGCUUUCGAUAUCCUUUGAGUCAUUGCACCAGGAAAAUGUUUUUCAUUUUACUUUCUCUUGUUCGUCCAUUGUUUUUGGUUGCUGCAACAGUUCAUCUUAAUAGAAGAGGCUUGUUAUGCAGUUCGUCUUUAGCAGAUUUUUUGGCAUUGAGUCUAUGGGAAACCAAACAUACACUCCCGUGCUGUAGUCUGAAACAAGAAUUCGUCGUCUUUAAGAAAGUUUACUGUAUUUACAGGCAACUAAGUACAAAUUGAAAUGCAACAGCACUUUAUUGUGAAUAGCUUUUAUGCUUCUGGAUUUUUGUAAUGUGUUUUCUAUGCUGAUUGGAUGUUAUAAAUGUGCUUAUAAGAAAAAGCACGUUUUAUUGAUGGGAAAAGGGAGCUUGCACUUAAACAGUGUGUAUAAAUCGGGGAUGUUAAUAGUAUUAUGAUGAUUAUUAACGAAGCCAUUGUCAACAGCCAUGUCCUCUUUAAGCUAUAUUAUUUUUACACAUUUAAGUGAAACAAAACAUGAAUUUCACCCUGCAAUUCAUACCACAGUAAUCUGAGUGAAACACUGGCCUUUGCACUGAAAGUUUGUCAAACAUAGUUUCUGCUGUUCUUUCUGUCACAAAGAAGGUCUUUCGUUACCCUAAAUUUUGUGGGCAUGAAAAAGGGGGAACGUGUGCAAACGUGGUGCAAUCUGCCAAAAAUGAAAUGCAAUGAAAACUGUGGAUAACUCGCAUUGUGUACUGGGCUUUGAUAAUGAUAGCGUAGGGAAUAAUAUAAUUUAGUAUGCAACAUGAACUGCUGUGGAGUGGCCACCGAAAGUGACUUGAACGAAGAUGCCGCAGAUUUAUUUUAAUUAAAAAUGUAGCUAACUUGGUGAUGUAUGGGCACAAUUUAAAAAUUAUUCUAUUAUUGAGUAUAUUGGUUUCCAAAUGGUUUUUGCAUUGUUUUUCUGUGCACCCUGCAACUAGGAAAGGGUUUUUCCUAAACUGCAUGCACCUAACACCAGGUCGUUAUUUGUUAGCCUCUCAUAUGUAGCAUCUCAGCGCUGAUGAAAAUAUAGAAAAUGAUGUGGUGUUGACUCAACCUGAGUAAGUGUUCAGCUGUUACUCCAGGAAAGCUCACCAUCUGGGCAUUAGCUUGUUUGUGAGCUGCUUCAGCAGAGCUUGAGUUGCAAAAUGAAGUGUCUGUAGCACAUACACUUGAUUAUAGUAAAGAAUAUAGUACUUUCCUUAUUAGGUCCUUAGAAUGAAUUACGCAUUAAAAUACAAUCCUGGAGUAUAAUUCUGUAAUAUAAAUCAUAAAAAAAAUAGUUUUUAAAUUAUGAAAUCUAUUUUAUGGCAUGCAUCUUUCUUUGAUUCUAACAAACUUGCACCAUAAUUCAUCACAUCAUAUAUAUUCUGCGACUUGCUUUCCACGGGAGUGAUUGCAUUUUAUUUUUGGGCUGAUAACGUAACAUCGACAUCUUGCGGUGCAAGUGAUCGUACACAAACAACUUUAAUGGCUUAUAUUUUUCAUUGAAUCUUAGCUUUAGAGUUCUUUGCUCUUUUUUCUUCAAAGUAGGCAGUCAUAUCAUAUUUAAAAACUUUUGCAAGCUUGUACUACGCUGCUAUGCCUUUUGAUUCCCUACUUUGGGAAAGUCUGUUACAUAACUUAGAGCUUGUUCAUGUUCAAUGUGUGUUUGUGCAGCUUGUUUUAUUGGCAGCAAUGAAAAUCCAUGCGGCGUGCUCAGUCUAUCGUCUUGCAGGUGGCUUGCGUAGUAAAUUAAUGGUCUACGGGUAACGUUUGAAAAAAAAAAAAAGCCCAAAGGUGAAAGUAAAAGUAAGUGUGUUUUGAUGGUGCAUUUUUGCAGUAGGCUAUUUUAUUUCUAGGCCUUUUUUUGGUCCUCUUUGUCUUUAUUGUUUUUAUAACAGCUGUGAAAGAUGUGAAUAUUCAAGGUUUUGUUUUGUUUGUACCAUUUGUUCUCUCUUGAGGACAUUGUUGCUAGAGGCAGCAAUGUAGCUUUUAUGGAAGACUUUUCCGAGGUGCCAAUUAUUUAAUACUCAAAAAAGUUGCAUUGCAUUGAGAAAACAAUUGUUAGCACCAACUGACAUCUUUCAACUUGCUGCUCUGUUGUUCCCCAAGUGUCUGUCUUCCAUUUGAGAGGGCCCAGCACCGAUUGCAAUAAGCAUUUAUGUUUAGGUUUUUUUUUUUCAUACUAAACCUACGUUAGGCUGUGGCUGUGGUACCAAGUUCCUUUUGUCAGUAGCAAAAUGGCUGUUGGUGACUCAUGGUGACACUUGCCUGUAUAGAAAGCAGCAGCACAGUCUUGAUGUAGCACAAGACCCUGCAAUCAGUGGACUUUAAAGGAGGUGUGGUCACAAGGUUACUUGUAUUAAAGUGUACAGUGUGUGUCGGUCUCAGUAUGAGGCAGUGUACAUAGUGUACAUAACCUUCGUAGACAGAGGCAUUCUACCUGGCCAAACAGGAACACCUGCGUUGGUCAAGAUGCUGUAUGGGGUGUGUCUGUUGUGAAUAGUGUAAAUAUAUGUUAUAAAGGUCAGCAGUGCCACAGGAAGCAAUUUGUGACACUACAGUGGAUGUACAAGAAAGUGGUACAUGCAACGGCAUCAUGCUUUAUUUUGUCAAAUAAAAGAACAGAAGAAAAGAAAAAGAAGAAUA